AUGAUGAAUAUUAAAGUAUUCAAGCUUAAUUUUCAAAGAGGUAUGUAAUAAAUUAACUAUUAUAUAUAGAAACAAAAUUGAGAAUAUUUUUAGUGGAAUUAAAAAGACAUAAAAAAAGCAAUCUAUAUUUGAAAUAAUUCAAUAUUGAUCAAUCCUAAUUUUGA